AUGGCACGCGCAAUUGGUAUUGAUUUAGGCACUACAUAUUCAUGUGUCGGUAUUUUCCAACAUGGUAAAGUAGAAAUUAUUGCCAAUGAUCAAGGUAAUCGAACAACACCAUCGUAUGUUGCAUUCACUGAUAGUGAACGUUUAAUCGGCGAUGCUGCUAAAAAUCAAGUGGCCAUGAAUCCAAACAACACUAUUUUUGAUGCCAAACGACUUAUUGGUCGUAAAUUUGACGAUACAACUGUUCAAGCUGAUAUGAAACACUGGCCUUUUAAAGUUAUUAGUGAAGGUGGUAAACCUAAAAUUCAAGUCGAAUAUAAAAAUGAAACAAAAUCAUUCACCCCUGAAGAAAUUUCAUCUAUGGUUUUAACAAAAAUGAAAGAAAUCGCUGAAGCUUAUCUUGGUAAAAAAAUUUCAGAAGCUGUCAUUACUGUACCAGCUUACUUCAAUGAUUCUCAACGACAAGCAACAAAAGAUGCUGGUGUUAUUUCUGGUCUUAAUGUUUUACGUAUUAUCAACGAACCGACAGCUGCCGCUAUUGCUUAUGGUUUAGAUAAAAAAGUUUCAGCUGAACGAAAUAUUCUUAUCUUCGAUUUGGGUGGUGGUACUUUUGAUGUAUCAGUACUUAAAAUUGAAGAAGGUAUCUUCGAAGUCAAAUCAACAGCUGGUGAUACACAUUUAGGAGGUGAAGAUUUUGAUAAUCGAAUGGUAACACACUUUGUCCAAGAAUUUAAGCGAAAGAACAACAAAGAUUUAUCACAAAACAAACGUGGUCUUCGUCGUUUACGUACAGCUUGUGAACGUGCUAAACGUACACUAUCAUCAUCAUCACAAGCUUCAAUUGAAAUCGAUUCUCUUCAUGAAGGCGUUGAUUUCUAUUCAACAAUCACACGUGCUCGUUUCGAAGAACUUUGUGCCGAUCUUUUCCGUUCAACACUUGAACCAGUUGAAAAAGCUUUACGUGAUGCUAAAAUGGACAAAGCUAGCAUUCAUGAAAUUGUACUUGUCGGUGGUUCAACACGUAUUCCAAAAGUACAAAAAUUACUUCAAGAUUUCUUCAACGGAAAAGAAUUGAACAAAUCAAUCAAUCCUGAUGAAGCUGUUGCUUAUGGUGCAGCUGUGCAAGCCGCUAUUUUAACUGGUGACAAAUCAGAUGAAGUUAAAGAUGUACUCUUGCUUGAUGUUGCACCACUUUCAUUGGGUAUUGAAACUGCUGGUGGUGUCAUGACAGCUUUAAUCAAGCGUAAUACAACCAUUCCAACAAAACAAACGCAAACAUUCACCACCUAUUCGGACAAUCAGCCUGGUGUCGAUAUUAAAGUCUUUGAAGGUGAACGUUCAAUGACACGAGACAAUCAUUUACUUGGUAAUUUUGAACUUUCUGGUAUUCCACCAGCUCCCCGUGGUGUACCACAAAUUGAAGUUACCUUCGAUAUUGAUGCCAAUGGUAUCUUGAACGUAUCGGCUGUUGAUAAAUCAACUGGUCGUGAAAACAAGAUUACCAUUACCAAUGAUAAAGGUAGAUUAUCCAAAGAUGACAUCGAACGUAUGGUUUCUGAUGCUGAAAAAUACAAGAAAGAAGAUGAAGCUCAACGGGACCGCAUUUCAGCUAAGAAUUCACUUGAAUCCUAUUGCUUCAACAUGAAAACAAGCAUCAGCGAUGACAAGAUUGCAGCGAAAGUUUCGUCAGAUGAUAAAGCUAAGAUUAGUGAAACCAUUGAAGGAGCACUUAAAUGGAUGGAAACCAAUCAAUUAGCUGAAAAAGAAGAGUUCGAACAUAAACUUAAAGAAAUUGAAAAGAUCUGUUCACCAAUUAUGGCUAAACUUUAUGGUGGUGAAGGUGGAGCUCAUGGUGGUGGUGCACCACAUGCUGGUGGUGCUGGAGGUAAACAAGGCAGUAACAAAGGUCCAACAAUCGAAGAAGUUGAUUAA